AUGACUUUUCUCGUGGGGAGGGCUUUGACCUACGCUAUCACAGCCACAGCUGGCAGUGGCUUCUUACUAUUUGGUUAUGAUCAAGGGGUGAUGUCCAGUCUGUUGACUGGAGACGCCUUCAUUGCCACGUUCCCAGAGAUUGAUACCACGAAGGGGGGACAUGGUAGCUCUUCGCUGCAGGGUACAGUUGUUGCCAUCUACGAAAUUGGAUGCUUCUUGGGUGCAAUUGUUUCCUUACUGGUUGGUGAGCGCCUCGGUCGACGCAAGUGCAUCAUGGCGGGAUGCAUUGUCCUCAGUAUCGGUGCUGCUCUUCAGUGCAGCGCUUACAGUAUCCCUCAUCUCAUCGUCGGUCGAAUUGUCGCCGGUGUUGGAAACGGUCUGAAUACAAGUACCAUUCCGGUCUGGCACUCCGAGAUGAGCAAGGCAGCCAGUCGAGGCAAGGGGUUGGCCAUUGAGCUCGCUAUCAAUAUCUUUGGUGUCAUGUUAUCAUACUGGGUUGAUUACGGCAUGAGCUAUGUCAAGAACGAAGCCCAAUUCCGCUUCCCUAUUGCGCUGCAAAUUCUUUUCGCGAUCUUCACUUUCAUCGGAGUGCUUUGUCUUCCCGAAUCUCCUCGAUGGCUCAUCCAACACGGCGAAGAAAGCAAAGCCCGUCAUAUCAUCUGGGCGCUGCAGGACAAUGCCCGCGAGAUUGAUCACGAUGAUCCCGUUGUUGUCACGGACGUGAAUGAGAUCACACGUGCAGUUCAUGAGGAACAAGAAGCUUCAUCUGGUGGAUCGUUCAAACUUCUCUUCCAAAAUAACAAGCAGCGAUUCAUGUACCGAACCCUUCUUGGAAUGGGUGGUCAAGCUAUGCAACAAUUAUCUGGAAUUAACCUGAUCACUUAUUAUGCGACUGUCAUCUUUGAGCAAUCUGUUGGAAUGUCUCAUCAUACCGCACUACUAUUGGCAGGUUUUAACGGUAUCGCGUACUUCUUCUCAUCUUUGGUCCCCAUUUGGACAAUCGAACGUCUCGGUCGUCGCAAGCUCAUGAUGUUUGCAGUUCUUGGGCAGGGCUGCUGCAUGGCUAUCCUAGCAGGCACAAUUUGGGAUGGUGGGAAAUCAGCUGGUCUGGUUGCCACGGUCAUGCUAUUUGUGUUCAACUUCUUCUUUGCAGUUGGCCUACUUGCCAUUCCUUGGUUGCUUCCUGCAGAGUACUCUCCACUUGCGAUUCGCACGCGAUCCGCCGCUAUGGCCACCGCGACAAACUGGAUUUGCACAUUCCUUGUCGUGGAAAUUGUACCAGUCAGCAUCUCAAACAUUGGAUACAAGACCUACAUCUAUUUUGCCGUCUUCAACUUUUGCUUCUUCCCCCUUAUCUACCUGUUUUACCCCGAAACCCAGAAUCUCACCCUUGAACAAGUUGACUUGUUGUUCACCAAUGAGAAGGUUCUUCUCCACUGGGAUUCAUCUCUGGGCAUCGCAGGUGACGUGAAUACACGCGUUGGAAACGCCACCGCCAAAGAUCUCGAGAGCGUAAAUGCUCAACAUGUUGAGUGA